UUCGAUGGUAAACACAUUUUGUUUAUUGCUUAGCUCUGAGAAACCAAGACGCAAUAAUUGACAAAAUGUCCAGUAUUUGGACAAAAAGGAAGGACUCUUUCUGCAAUAACGAAAAUAUAAGGGCUCAGAAGUUCGAGGAUGUGAUUGUAAUCGAUGACAAUGAUCGUGGCGACUCUCUCCGGAGUGUAAAAUCCGAGCCCCCUGAAGAAAAGCCCCGCUUAUCUCCACAGGACGCUAAUCAAAAACGUGCAGUAAAGGAGGAGAAGGAAAUGUCCAGGCGCGCACGCGCUCGAGCCAAGAAAAUACGGAAUACAGAGGCAAGAGCAGCGAAAUCGGUGGUUACCAGGGGUGCGGGUAAAAAAGCAAGGAAGCGUAAGAAGCAAAAUAAAGCGGCACUCAAGAAGGCUAGUGAACUUGAACCCAAAAAGGCAAAGGGCUCCAAGGAGGCUAGUGCCCACAAGAAGGCAAAGGGACCCAAGAAUACAAGUCCUCCUAUGGCUGCGAAGCCCAAUUUGGCAAAGAGUGACAACCUGACGAUGGCCCUGGUGGACGAGCUCCACGAAGACGGCCGUCUGCUUAACGAAAGGUGGCAGGAGGUCGAGGCCCAGCUGGCGUACAUGGUGACUGACAGAGUCAUGGCCAUGCCGGGGGGUCCCGUCCCGUCCUUCGAUAGCUCAGACGUAGUUCGUGGCCACCGAGUGAUCCGGUGCGAAGACGGAUUUUCAAAGGUAUUCCUGUCGGACUGUGUUGCCGCGAUUAGCAACUCGUGGCAUGACAUGCGCAUCAAGCUCGUCCAUGUCAGCGAUGUACCAUUUGCGCCUCAGGCGCGCAUCUGGUUGCCCACGGGUCAAACGGACCACAACCGGAUCAUGAUCUGCUUGAGAGCCCAGAACCUAAAUGUGGACAUGUCGGACUGGUCCAUCCUCAGGGCGGAGGAAGUCAUGGAGAUCAGUCAGAGUUUCCUGCUCCUUAUCAACCGGAGGUGCAUCCCGCAACUGGAUGCAGUGGACUACAAGUUGCGCUAUGGCAUACGAAUGGCCCAGAUCCAGCUCAUUUUAAGCGAAGCAGACGAUUUGCCAUCGGAGUUCGACAACUACCACCCAUUUUGCCAUUUUCCCCAUUAAACCAUAAAUCCUCAGGCUCUAAGCUAUGUUUAUUAGAGUAAUAAUAUUGUUAGAGAAAGAAACGAAUUUCAUAACCUAAUAAAUCUCCAAUUGGUUUUAGAUGCC